AUGACAACUGAACAAUUGCAAACUGCCAAGGGGGAUCCCUUCAACGUCUCGCCCGAUGGACCAAACCCCGAGUUACCCGGCCCCAGGAGUCGGACUUCACGACGGGUCCCUUCGGGCAGGGUCACCAGAGGCAGAGGCAAAGCUGCAAAGGCGGCCCAGCUUGGUCCCGAAUCGUCUCCGCUGAUGCCAACCCAAACUGGCCUGACUCCCGAACAACAACCACGGGCGAGGAGCUCGUCGAUCCAGCUCCCACCUCGGGCUGGCGAGACGCCGCCCGAUGCGGACCGGUUCUGCCCCGAAGGACUCGAAGAGUCGGACGUGGAGGAGGUAGAAACGCCGACCAAGAAGCCUGUGCGUCGGACCCGGGCAAAGCCUUCGGCAUCGGCCAGCCUUGCGGGGCCGUCGCCCCUCCGACGGACGGUCUUGGCUGGGUCUGAUGUCGCCGACAAUCGCGAAGAGACUGGAGCGGCGCGGCCGGCCCUCGGGCAAUCCCACACCUCGCCAGUGACGCAGGAUGAGACGGAGAGGAAGGGGCAGCGUCCGGUUGUAGCGGAGCGAAGCGCGAGCGACGCCGUCCCCUCCAAGAAGAAGCUUUCCGGGUUACAGCUUGACUGCGACAUUGCAAAUCUAAUCAAUCGCGGUCCUCCGAAAGAAAAGCAGGAGGACGAGAAGAAGAGGGACGGAUGCGUCUACUUUUACAAAGUCAAACCAAGAGGUCGUGAGGUGCAAUUGGUCAAGAUCGGUCAGACCACACGGGAUCGAGAGGGGCGUAUGAAGCAGCACCAAGCACAAUGCAGGCACCUCGAAAUGGUCGGGCACCCCCAGGCGGUAUCUGACGACUUUCCAUUGUUUUCGUUCGCCGAAAAGUUGAUCCACAAGGAGCUGCACAAUUACCGAUACCGAUGGAAGUGUAUCUGUGGCAGAAACCAUAAGGAGUACUUCCAGGUCAGCGAGGAUAUCGCCGUCGAGGUGUUUGAACGGUGGCGGGACUUUUGCAAAAAGACGCCGUGGGACUCUAACGGAAAUCUCUUACCCGAAUGGCGCCAGAGGUUAAAGAACAGGCCCCCCUUCGGCGGCUCAGAGGGCGAUUUUAAUCACCGCCAGUUCGCUUUGCAAUGGGCCAUCUUUACUGUCCCGGGUGCCUUCGAAAACUUCUGGUCCGAUAUAAUCCGGUCAUGGAAGUCUGGGUUCCCGAAUCGUUGGCAGAUCGUUGCCAUGGUAGAGUGUCUUACGGUCGUUUACCUCGCGCCAUUCUCGCUCUGGGCGGGCGUAUGGGGUUUAGUCGUCAUAUUCCUAGUUUUGGUUGAUAAAUUGGGCAUAGAGAACUUGCAUAUAACAAAGUGCAUAUCUCGGCUCAUGGAGGGUGGCAUGCAGUCCUGGGUGCUGUGGCUCAUGUCCAUGAAAGACGAAGAAGUGACGGAAACCAAGGGCCUGACGCCGGAAGUCGGACCGGAGGAGGAGACAUAUCAACAGCUUGGAGGAGAUGCUAUCCCUGAGCAACGGGAACAGAGCGCUGUUGUGAACGAUCAGGAUCCGGUUGACAUGGGAGAGCCCAUGGACACUGAGCGCGAUUUUGAUAGUCGGGGGGUGACGGACGACGAGGACGGCGCAGAUAGCGAUACUCACUCGUCCAAAAGCCUUGAAGCGGCCUCUGCGCCGGACAAAGUCUCUGACAGACAGGUUUCCGUGGAUCUACACGUUCAGAAAAGCUCGGGUGUGGAGGUGAAAACAGUAGUGAUUGAUCUUACGGGGCUGAACUCAGACUAG